AUGCAAAUAGAUCAAAAGGCUGUUUUCGAUAAUAUACUUUUUACAACGGCGGCCGAGAAACUUAAAACAGCAGCUGGUGAUCAGGCUACCAAAGGACUCAGGAAACUGGCUAAAGAUCUACACGAUAAAGCCAGACAACUACACAGUGCAGCUACAGCUGGUCAAGGUAAAGAUGAAGCCCAAAAUCUUGCCACUGCUGUCGGUGCUGAUGAAACCGACGAAGGCCUUAGAAAAAAACUCAAAGAACUUGCUGGUGCUAAUGAUCCUACUCUGUUUGAUAAGGCCAAAGAUGUUAAAACUGAAUACGGUAAAGUCAGCCUAGCAUUCAAUGCAGUUAAGGAACAAAAUAGACUAAAAGCAUAUACCAAUUAUCAAGCUAAGUAUCAAGCAGUUGAGAAGGCAUGGAAUGCUUUCAAUAAUGUCUAUAAUACGUUUGACAAAUACGCUAUUGCGGGUGGACACCAAGUAAGAGCACUCAUAGAUGCCAAAAAAUAUGAUAUCCAAGGCAAUGCUAAAGGUAAGUAUCUGGAUGCUAAAGCCACAGAACUCGAGUCCGCGGCCAAUACACUUAAAACCACUGCUGAGGCUGGUGCUACUGAUAUCCCUACUACAGCCGGACAACUACGUGAUAAUGCCCAACAGCUUAACACGGAUGCCGGUAAAAUAACUAGUGAGGGUACACUUGCUGCACUUCAACCUCUAGCCAGUCAAUUAGCUAAGGCAGCCGGUACGACUAGUACUAGUGGUCUGGCAAAGGCGGCAGAGGAUCUAAAAACUGCUCCUAAUGAUGCCAAUAAGGCCACUGAAGUCAUAGAUGCGUUCGACAAGGUCAAGGCCAAAUACGAUGAUCUAAUGAAAAAAGCCAAUGAACUCGGUAAACAAACUGCAGGAAAGGUCCAAGCCGUUGAAACCCAAUACCAACUGGUCAAGGAUGACUUCGAAGCACUUUGUAAGGCACUCAUCAAUAAGUUUGCAACUCAGGUGGCCACAAACGCCACAACUCUAGCCAGCCCCAGUGGUACUGCUAGUAAUGCCAACAAUGUAAUAAAAUAUUUCGAAGUAGUUGAGAUGGCAUACAAGGCUCUUAAUGAGACUGAUAAGGCUAAUGUAGAGUCUGAAUUUAAGACUGUCAAACAUAUUUACGACAGAAUCCUAAACCUUACGAAACUUUUAAAAGCCGCCACAGCACUUAAAGGCGCUGCUGAUCGUACUGCACUUACAGAACCUGCCAGAGAACUAAAUGAUGCAGCAGAAACUCUCCAGGGUACUCCGAAUGUUGCUAAUGCCCAACAGUUCAAAGACAAAUAUGACGCAUUCAAAGACACAGGGACCUCCACCAUCGAAAUCACAACCGGCGAAAACAGCAAAAAAGACAUCACCGGCAGCAACAUCACCAACGAAGACCUCAAGCAUGCCAGAGAGAUUAAGAAUUGGAUUAUCAUAAUUCCUUCCAUUAUCAUUAAGUGUUAUCUUACUGAUAAUGAACUCAAAGCAGCAGCUGGUACACAGGCUACAGGUAACACACUCCGAGGACUGGCCCUUGCACUAUAUCAGGCAGCCAAUAAACUUGAUGAAAAAGUAAAGAAAGUUGAUAGUAACCUGGAUGGUGCCAAAGUACUCAAGUAUAAGGCUGGUAAUGAAUCUCAAAAAACUGAUCCUAAAUAUCUUAGGAAACUAGCAGAAAAUCUCCAUGAUGCAGCCGAUGCUCUAUACGGUGCAGUUACUGGUGAUGAUGAUAGUCAAUCUCCUAAAAAAGAAGCUAAAGAACUUAAGGAGGCUGUCGGCGAUAGUGAAGACGCUUCUGGUAAACUUCGAGCUAAACUAAAAGAACUUGCUAAACUGGAUGCCGAAACUAGAGAUGAUCAACUAAAACAGAAGGCCCGUGAGGUUGGAAAUCAAUACGACAAAGUCAGCCUAGCAUUCGGCAAAGUUCAGGAACAAACAUCUAAAUAUACCGGAGCUGCUGCCAAAGCUGCAUAUGAUCAAGUUGUAAAGGCCUGGAAUGAUUUCAACGAUGUGUAUAAUCCUGAAGAACAACUUGCAACUGCUGUCGGUUCAGGUGAAGGAAGUGGAAUCACAAAGGCACUCAAAGAUCUUUAUGGUGCUGGUAUUAGUGAUCUAACUGAGAAGGCCAAAGCUGUCAAAGAUGCGUACGGUAGUGACUGGGGUGGUCUGAAACAGAAAUACAACAAUGUUGUGAAACAAGAAAAUGUUUACAAUGCUGAGAAUAAUAAUAUUAAAGCCAAAUACACUCAACUUGUAUCUGCCUGGAACAAUUUUAAUAAACUGUAUAGAGAGGUCAUAUAUCCUACAAAGUUUUGGUCCAUCAUUGUUCCUUCUAUAUUUCUAUUUGGAGGAAUGCUGACCAGUCAAAUACGGAUUCUGUGGACCUCAGCAUACACAAUAAUGGAACAUUUCAAUGAGACCGGUAAGAUCAAAUUCAAAAGUAACACUUUUCGUGACAUUGAAGGUCCUACUCAUAAAGAUGCUAUUGCAGCUGGUACAGAAGGUAAUCCUGAACUCGCUACUGAAGAUAGUUUUCGGAAGUACUGGCAUUUACUUCCUCCUAACAACUAUGAUUCUGAUGAACCCUCUAAAGUUUUUCCCUACGACAGUUAUCUCUCCUACAUUGAUUGUACUUCUUGUAGAUACAUUCUUUCCGCCAGACCAUUCUUCACUGAUGCCUACGACACUACUCGUAAUACUAGUGUUACCUUUAGUGUUAAUCUCAGUGGUGGUAGUACUGGAUUUCAGUCUAGUGGUACAAUCAUAAUCACUGUAGGUGGUACUGAUUUUAAAGAACUCGGUGAAACUAGUACUACUUCUGUCACAAUCUCUCUCUCCGAAGGUGGAAGUUCUAUCAAGAAGUACAAAGAUAAAGAGAAACCUCCUGAUGAUAAUAAUCUCACACCGUUCACCAGCGGCACUAAUGAAAAUCUCACUGCUGAUACUAAGCUAUACAUUCAAGCCACUGGUACUCUAAGUGCUAAUGGGCGUAGUAUUUCUGGUUCAGAAGUUACGAUUAAAGGUACUGUCACUGUAACCAAAGAAGGAAAUCUUAGCACUGCACUCAACAUAGGUGGUAGUGCUGAUAAAGAUCCUAGCAGUAAUGGUCUCAGUGGAACCAUAACACCCCAGGGUUCUAACGGCAAAGUCGAAAUCCAGAAUGGUUCUAUCACAUUGAAAGACAAGUCUCUAGAAGCUCUUCAGUCUCUCACUCAGAAUGUUGUUACUCUAAGUGGUGGUACUGGUAGUAAAUUUAGAUCUGGUGCUAGUAUCAUAGUAACCCGUACAUCUGGUAAUGUAGAUUUAUCAAAUCUCACUGUCACUGAUAAACUUGAAAUAGACAUCACCGGUGGAUCUAUCAAGAGGUAUGAUAAUAAUAAUCAACUCAUUGAUCUCACAACCGGAGAUAGACUCCCUGAGGGUACUCAGCUAUCCCUUGAAGCCAAUGGUACCAUCUCUCAAGGUGGUACAGGUACAGUUACCCUUAAAGGUACCAUAGUGGUAACCAAUAAAGAUGAACAGAAAAUUGGCACUAGUCUCGACUUCGGUGGAGGUCCUAAUACCACAGGUGUAACUGGAUCCCUAACUCUCACUAAUGAUACCAGUCCUGAUGGCAAAAAGUAUGUCAAAAUCCAGAAUUCUAGUUCUCUAACAAUCACUGAAGCUGCCUACGGCACUAUAAAGCAGGCUGCUGAUACCACCUCUAGUUCAUUUACCAUUGGUGCUGCUGAUCCUCGUAACAUUGAUAAUCCUCAUACAGCUGCUAUUGAAGAAGGUACAGGAGAUAAUUAUAAAUAUCUCGCUACUGAAUAUAGUUUUACUAAGUACUGGCAUUUACUUCCUUCUGACAUGUAUGAUAAGAAUGAUCUUCCUGAUUGGGAAGUUGUUUCACCUACAUUGGUAGUUCUUGUGGCUACAAUCUUUCCACCAAUGAUAGUGGUCAUACUCCAAAUCACUGAUAAACAAGCUGGUUUUACUGGUCCUAAACAUUCUCCGAAAUACUGGGAGGGUUGGGGAAAAUAUAGUCUUUACUACUGGCACUUAGUUGAUGUGUUGAUCGUUACUAAAAUAACUCUAGAGUAUAUAUUCAAAUACUCACUUAAUUAUAGAGAAUCAGAUACUAUCAUAAUAUCAUUCGCAGCAGCUGUGAUGUGGACAGUAGGAUAUGGAGUCUAUAAAGAUGGUCCUGGUUCUGAUGGUGAUCUGAAGCACAUCUUUACAUACAAAUUCGAUGGAACAAUUAAACCACAUAUGGCGGCUCCAUUGCUAAUUGUCCUAGUAGGUAUGGGUCUAGUCUAUGCCAUUUAUCCUGGAAUUGCCCCGGGUAUGAUUGUACCAUUCUAUCUCAUUGAUAAGAUUGAAAUGGUACUUCUGAUAGCUACAAUCUUUCCAGCAUUAGGUGUAGCAAUGGUAAACAAAUUCGACUACCCUAAUUCUCCCAAAUACUACGAGGGUUGGGAAGCUAAUUGGGGAUAUCACUUCUUUGAUUUAGUGGUUCCCAUUAUGAUCAUUCUAGCCACUAUUUUUUCAUUUACUCACUUCACUAUAGAGAAUCACAUAGCUUUUGAUCCUUUUGAUGGCAAAAUUACUUAUACUACUACUAAGGAUAUCAAAAGUAUCAUCAUAACUUAUCCGGUGGCUGGUACUGUUACUAAGGAUAAGACUAUUAAGGCGGGUACGGUUAAAAUUACAACUGGUACUCUUAAAGGUGGUAACUGUGAGUUUACUGCUCCUACUCCUAAGACUAUUGGUACCGCUACUCAGGCCAAUAUUACUACUAGGGAUGGUAAAGCUACUCUCGAAAUUGAUAUCACUAUUCCUACUGAUGCUGCUGAUACUGAUGCUCUUGAUGCUCUUGCCGAUCUUUCUAUUCCUGUUGGUCCUUGUACUGUUAAGGUGGUGGGCAAGAAUAAACUUACUAUUAAAAUUACAUAUGAUCAGAAGGAUAAGUAUAUUAAAACUGAAAUAACCCUUGAGAUUACUGAUAAUAAGGGUGAUCUUGCGAAACUUGGUCUUCAGAAUACUGAUAACGCCACUGCCAGUGUGGAUCCUGCUCCUAAUCAUCUUACUAUCAACUAUAAGGAUGGUGCUAAGAAAAUUUCUGGUUCUUCUGCUAAGCCUGAGGAUAUGGCUGAGAAGGGUAUGACUGCUAUUACCAAGAAAAUUGCUGAGGAUAUUAAGAAAACUGCUACUCCUGCUCCUGAGGAUCAUUCUGGUGCCAAAAAUUAUUAUUCUGUUACCGAUCGUAAAACUAAAAUCCUUUACUAUUUUACACUCAAAAGUCCGCUUGGUGCUGAUGCUCCUAUAGAUGAUACUCCUGCUGCUAUUAUUGUUGAUUAUGGUCACAUAUUCGCUGAAGGAUUCUAUGGUACUGGUGCUAAACCAUCUAUGAUUUUUCCAUUACUGAUUGUUCUUGUUGGUAUGGGACUAGGUUACGGCUACUAUACUAAUACUCAAAAAAAAGUUACUACUUAUGAUAAGGGUACUAUUUCUGCAAUUCUUAAGAAUCUUAAUCCUAAUGAUAUUGAUAGUAUCACCGUAACUGACAGUAAGGGUAAUAAAACUAUUUAUAAGAAGGUUAAGGAUCAGGCUACUCCUGGUGCUCAUGUUCUUACUAUUAAAAAGGAGGGUGAAGGUACUAAUGCUUUUACUAAGCAGGUUGGUACUGGUACUCAGGGUACUAAGAAUACUAUUAUUCUUAACUAUACUAAGGGUGCUGAUAGUAAGACUAUUACUAUUAUUGGUAUUACAGAUACUCCUUAA